UCCGGGGAGGGCUCCGCUCAUUGGCAGCUGCCCAGCGGCGCUCCGCGCGCAGAGCGAAGCCCGGGCAGAGACGUGGAGCUGCCCGACACCCCUUCGCCCUCGCCGGGCUCGGAGUCGAGCCCCGUUUCGCUCAGGCCGGGUGGAGCCGGACCCCUCGCCCAGCCCUGCAGCCGCUGAGGUCGUUGCCUGCCUUCGCAGGGAGAAGCCCUUCCCCUGGGGCAGGGCGCUCGGAGGCAUGCGCCGCGCUGUGCCUGGGCCAAGAUACCAGCGCAGAGCGAGUGACUGCCAGCUGGGACGUCACGCCUACUUUGAAUUCACAUUUACUGAAGAUGUUAAACAUGGGAGUGGUAUCCACCUGCUUCUGUGUCCAUUCUUUUGUACACAUGCCUAGACCAGGUGUGCAUAAAAUGAGCUAUUACCAACUACACACUGCAGCCAGGUGUGCUGCUAAGGAUUACUAUGAAGUGCUGGUGCUGGGCGGCGGCAGCGGUGGAAUCACCAUGAGCUCUCGGCUGAGGCGGAAAGUGGGAGCUGAAAAUGUGGCUGUUGUUGAACCAAAUGAGAAACAUUAUUAUCAACCCCUCUGGACAUUGGUUGGUGCUGGUGCAAAACAGCUGGCAGCCUCUGCACGUCCAACAGAGAGUGUGAUUCCUUCAGGUGUAAAAUGGAUCAAAUCUAGAGUUACAGAGUUGGAUCCAGACAAGAACUGCAUCUAUUUAGCAAAUGACAAAAAGAUAUCUUACAAAUAUUUGAUAGUUGCCCUUGGACUUCAGCUGCAUUACGAAAAGAUCAAAGGUUUGCCUGAGGGUUUUAAUUAUCCUAAAAUAGGUUCCAAUUAUUCAGUCCAUACAGUAGAGAAAACGUGGAAGGCUUUGCAAGACUUCAAGGAAGGAAAUGCCAUUUUCACUUAUCCAAACACUCCAGUGAAAUGUGGAGGGGCUCCUCAGAAAAUCAUGUACUUGUCAGAGGCCUAUCUAAGAAAGACAGGAAAACGAGCCAAAGCCAACAUCAUCUUCAAUACUUCACUUGGAUCCAUUUUUGCUGUAGAAAAGUAUGCCAAUAAAUUGCUGGAGAUAAUUAAGGAUAGGAAUAUUACUGUUAACUACAAACAUAAUCUCAUUGAGGUUCGAGCAGACAAACAAGAAGCUGUAUUUGAGAAUUUGGACAAACCUGGAGAGACUGAGGUUUAUCAGUAUGAAAUGCUUCAUGUCACACCACCUAUGGGACCGCCUGAUGUACUCAUGAACAGUCCCGUUUCAGAUACAGCUGGCUGGUUAGACAUAGAUAAGGAAAUUCUGCAACACAAAAAAUACCAUAAUGUGUUUGGUCUUGGAGACUGCACCAAUCUUCCAACAUCAAAAACAGCUGCAGCUAUCGCUGCCCAGUCUGCAGUGCUAGAUAAAACAAUUUCUUUGGUAAUGAAGAACCAAUUGCCAACUAAAAAGUAUGAUGGAUACACUUCCUGUCCCAUUGUAACGGGCUAUAAUAGUGUGAUUCUAGCAGAAUUUGACUACAAUGCUCAGCCUCUGGAAACAUUUCCCAUUGACCAGAGUAAGGAGAGACGGCUCAUGUACUACAUGAAAGCUGAUCUAAUGCCUUUUCUUUAUUGGAACGGACUACUAAAGGGCUACUGGGGAGGACCUGCUCCUAUAAGAAAACUAAUGCAUCUUGGUUUGAAGUAAUGAUGCAGUCGACUGUGCUUACUGGCCAGAACUAAGUGUAAAAAAAGAAACCAUUUUAAUAUGCAUGCAUUUUGUCUCAAGAAGCAAACACUGCGGUGGAUAUUGCACGUGGAUGUAUGUAAGGCCCAUUUCUUGAGACUUAAAUCUUGAAUUCAAAAUAAAUCAAGAUGUCCUGUUAAA